AUGGAUAUCUUCGGGAGCAACAAGAGUUUUUGGAUUGCUUUGCUCAUCUUUGUGUUAGCUGCAGUACAAAGUGAAGCAGAAACUCAAGUUUGCUACAGCAAAAGCAGCCCUUGCUUUCUGAAGCAGGUGUACUGCCCCACAGAAUGUCCAUCCUCAUCACCAACAAACCCCAAAGCUAAAGUUUGCUAUCUCAAUUGCAACUCCCCCAUAUGCAAAGCUGAGUGCCGACAUCGUAAACCAAAUUGCAAUGGCCCUGGAUCAGCAUGCUUAGACCCUCGCUUCAUUGGUGGAGAUGGCAUUGUUUUUUACUUCCAUGGCAGGAAAAAUGAGCAUUUCAGCUUAGUUUCAGAUCCCAACCUCCAAAUCAAUGCUCGCUUCAUCGGUCUCCGCCCUGAAGGCCGAAGCAGGGACUAUACAUGGAUUCAAGCCCUUGGACUCCUCUUUGACUCUAACAGCUUCACACUCGAGGCCACCCCAUCAGCAACAUGGGACGAUGAAGUUGACCACUUGAAGUUCUCGUAUAAUGGUGAGGAGCUAAUCAUCCCAGAAUCUCAUCUAUCUGUUUGGGAAUCUCAGGAAACUUAUAUUAGAGUGGAGAGGACUACGAGCAAGAACAGUGUCUUGGUCACUCUCCCAAUAGUUGCUGAAAUUUCAGUCAAUGUGGUACCUGUGACAAAGGAAGAUGACAAGAUCCACAAUUAUCAGAUACCAUCAGAUGACUGUUUUGCUCACCUGGAAGUGCAGUUCAGAUUCUACGGCCUGUCAUCAAAUGUUGAAGGAGUGCUUGGAAGGACUUACCAGCCAGAUUUCAAGAACCCGGCAAAGGCUGGAGUAGCCAUGCCAGUAGUUGGAGGUGAAUACAAGUACAAAACAACAUCACUUGUCUCUGCUGAUUGUCUUGCUUGUGUGUUCACUCAAGCCGGGAGGUUGGAUCAGAUGGAUUCAAGAGUGCUGGACUAUGGAAAGCUAGACUGCACCAGUAACGCCUUCAGCGGGAAUGGAAUAGUUUGCAGGAAGUAAUGGAUAACUGUCUUGUGCUCAGGGAAUAAAGAAGUUUUCAACUUGUAAGGUGAUUAUUCAGAGUUGUCCUGUUAUAAUUUAUGUUCAGACAGUUUGGCAAAAUGCAUACUUUUAUGUUGAGUUUAUAGAUUGUGCAAACGAACCAGACUAUGCAAUUGAUGAAAGCGAUUCAAGUUUCAUGUUUUGUUUAAUUUCUGAAAGGAUAACAACUCAUAUGCAAGCUCAUGUAUGCUAAUUCAGAUGCAGCAAUGAAGAUAUAUGACAUAUAAUUAUAAGAUAUAAGUU